UUUUUUUUGUAGAAAGGUGAUCAUGUCAUGAUUUAGCUGUGCAUAACAUCAUAUAUUUAUAUAUUUUAUAAAAUUAUUUAUAUGUAUGUAUUUUUCAUCUAUUUCUUUUUUUAUUGAUAUGAUAUUGGAACCACCUAUAUAUAGCAAUAAAUUUAUAAUUUAUACCUUAUUACUGUCGACUAUAGUAACUAGUACACUUGCACAGCAUCAUGAACAAGAACAAGAAAAAGAGCAUGCUAAUGAUCCUAAAUCAUUAGAGUUUUGGGGACAAAUUAUUGCUAUUGUGUGUUUAAUCACCUUGAGUGGUGUUGUAGCGGGCCUUACAUUGGGUUUGAUGUCAUUGGAUACGACAAAUCUAUCUAUUUUAGAGAUUGCGGGAACAGCUCAGCAACAACACUAUGCCUCUCGAAUCAUUCCUAUUCGUAAAAAUGGACAUAUUCUUUUAUCUACUCUACUAUUAACAAAUACCGUUUUGAAUGAAACACUUCCUAUUUUAUUUGAUGGUAUCUUUAGUAAAGGAUUUAUAUCAAUCAUUCUAUCGACUGCACUUCUCGUUCUUUUCUCUGAGAUUAUUCCACAAGCAGUAUUUUCAAAGCAUGGUUUAGCAAUAGGUGCUUUCUUAGCAAUGCCUGUACGUUUCCUUAUUGCUAUUUGGUUUAUUAUUGCUUGGCCUAUAGCCAAAUUUUUAGACUACGUGUUGGGUAAACAUACAGGAUUUUCUUAUAAUGCAACAGGUAUAUAUCCAUCUAUAUCUAUAGAAUGUCUCCCUAUAUUUAUUUAUAAAAUAUAUUUAGAGUUGAGAGCCCUGAUCAGUCUUCACGAUAAAUCAAAGCAUGAACGUGGUAGCCUGACACAUGAGACCUCAAUCCUUGUACAAAACGCAUUAUACAUGCAAGAUACAUAUGCUUAUCAAAUGGCAAAGCCCCUAAAAAAUAUGCUAUCAUUACCCAUAGGCGCUUAUAUCAAUUCUUCCAUCGUAUUAGAAUACAUAGAAGAUCAUUUUACCCAUAUCUUAGUUUAUGAUGAAACAAAAAAUGAAAAUGAAAUUUUAGGUGUUCUAGAAUUAAAGACGUUGGUUGGAUUAGAAAGUAGCGAGUAUAUGAACCCUGUUGGUAAAAUGAGAUUAAAUCCAUGUAUCAAAGCUUCUUCAGACACUUCAAUAAUAGAAUUAUUGACUCAACUACUAAGCAAAGACAAUGAGGCACAAAUAGCCUUUAUUUAUCAUUCAGAGAUUAAACAAGAUGAAAAACCGUUGCUACAUACUGUCUCUCUUCCUUCCGUUAAAAGUCAUGAAUCAAAUCGUAUCUCCUGUUUUAUUAAAAGAAUGUUCAGUGGCACAUGCCAUCCGUGUCAAUCUGCAGAAGAAACCGAAAAAAAAACGAUCGAUUCGGCCGAACAAGGAACAAAUGAUAGCACCAUUGAUGCAGGACUCGAGCCAGGCUUAUUAGGCAUAAUCACUAUAACGGAGGUUUUAAAUCAGUUAACUCGUGGCCAUCAAUUUAGAGAGAUAGAAUAAUUAUAUAUAAUUGUAUAUAAUAUAUUACCUGAUUUAAAAUAAAAUAAUAAAGGUAUAUAUUUGAGAUUCCACAUACAUAUAAAUAAGUAAAAAAAUAUAAAGUAAAUAUAUGUAUUCAUGACAUGCUAUUCUUGAGAUAGUAUAAGAAAG